UCCGACACAGGGAACGGAGCUUCUUGUAAUUCUGGUUGUGUGAUACAAGUAAACGUGCGGAAUGGCUGAAAGCCUGCGCUGUAUCUUCCAGCAAACAAAACGCAGGAAAAGGAAAGAAGUACAUUGACUCGUAUUUUUCUGCCGUGAACUGAGUUAAAAAAAAGGGAAUAGGGAGUGUUUGGGAUAUUGCUGCUUCCCCCGUCUAACGGGGCAGAGAAAAACGUGAAUAACGAAAGGUGUUUACCAGCGACUUACUGCUGCAGACUAUACUAGUAGUACCAGCCUAAUGUCGAUUGAAGGGAAGCGAGACUUGUCUUUCACAGUAAAUAAAUACAUUUGCAUAUUUUGGUUUUAAAGACAAAACAGCAAACCAAGAAUAGCUGGAUUAUGUUUGGCUAAAUAUUGAAAUUAAUCGAGUUUUUUGUUUCAAUUGAAAUAGAACAUAUACAUUAUCCUGCUUUAAUUGCAUUGUGUUAUAUCAGACUAGGAAAGGACACUGGACGUUUUUUUUUUCUUUCUUCAACAAACCAAAGAUUUCAGCGAUUGCCUGUGUUAGUACAAUUUAACUGUGAGAAUGCUGGCUGCACGUAUCCUGUGUUCGUGGUUGAUCCUGAUUUGUGGAAGCGCUGAGGUGCAAGGCGACUCUUCCCCGGCUCCUUGCCCGGCUCCGUGCCGGUGCGACGGGGAUGGAGGUGCAGAUUGCUCUGGUAAAGGACUGACCACCGUUCCAAUGGGGCUGAGCGCCUUCACCUACUAUCUGGAUAUCAGUAUGAAUAACAUCACAGAGCUGCCUGCCAAAGUCUUCAAAAAUCUCCCAUACUUAGAAGAACUGCGCUUGGCUGGCAAUGACCUCGCCUUCAUCCACCCCGAGGCCUUGUCUGGGCUGCACCAGCUCAAAGUCCUGAUGCUGCAGAACAAUCAGCUGAAGACUGUCCCCAGCAAGGUCCUGAAAGGAUUGACCUCCCUGCAGUCCCUGAGACUGGAUGCUAACCACAUAACGGUGGUCCCGGAGGACAGCUUUGAGGGUCUCGGACAGCUGCGUCACCUGUGGCUGGAUGAUAACAGCCUGACGGAGGUCCCGGUCACUCCACUCAGUAACCUCCCCUUCCUGCAGGCCCUGACGCUGGCACUCAACAGAAUCUCAAACAUCCCGGACCGGGCCUUCACAAACCUCUCCAGCCUGGUGGUCCUACACCUUCAUAACAAUAAAAUUAAACAGAUUGGAGAAGAUUGCUUUGCUGGAUUAGACAACCUGGAAACACUGGACCUAAACUACAACAACCUGAUUGAGUUUCCUGGAGCAAUCAAAUCCCUGCCAAACCUCAAAGAGUUGGGAUUUCACAGUAACAACAUAGCCGUGAUCCCUGAAGGUGCUUUCAACAGAACCCCACUCCUUAGAGCAAUACACUUGUACGAUAACCCACUUUCGUUUGUGGGCCGUUCCGCUUUCCAGAACUUGUCAGAACUGCACUCCCUGAUUGUCCGAGGAGCUGGCAUGGUGCAAUGGUUUCCCAACCUAACUGGCACAGUGAACCUGGAGAGCUUAACUUUGACUGGAACCAAGAUAAGCAGCAUUCCCAUUACCUUGUGUCAGGAUCACAAGAGACUCCGCACCUUGGACCUGUCGUACAACGAGAUAAGUGAUCUCCCGAGUUUCCAGGGCUGUGCCAACCUGGAAGAAAUGGCCUUACAGCACAAUCAAAUCAAAGACAUCAAGGCAGACACAUUUCAAGGAUUGGCUUCCCUUCGCUUGCUAGACCUCAGCCGAAAUGCGAUCAGCUCAGUUCAAAGAGAUGCUUUCAUGUCUCUAUCUGCGUUAACUAACCUGGACCUGAGUUUUAAUGAGCUAAACUCCUUAACAACUGCGGGCCUGACCGGACUGAAUCAGCUGAAACUAGCAGGCAAUCUAGCACUGAAAGGGUUACUGGCAGCCAAGGACCUCCAGAAACUCAGAACUUUGUCAGUGCCCUAUGCCUACCAGUGUUGUUCAUUUGGUGGAUGCAACUCCUACUUGACUACCAAUGUGGAAGAUCCUAGUAAACAGGACGGCAGCCUUAAAAAAACAGGUGAUAUAAUUAGUGAAGAUGAAGGGGAAAUAAUUCAGCUGUCUGUGCACUGUACACCUACUCCAGGCGCUUUUAAACCAUGUAAGCACUUGCUUGGUAGCUGGAUGAUUCGCCUCACGGUUUGGUUCAUCUGCCUGGUGGCCCUGGUGUUUAACAUCCUGGUCCUCGUCACGACCUUCGCAUCUUGUGGUGUGGUGUCCUCCGCCAAGUUUUUCAUGGGCCUGAUUGCUGCCUCUAACCUGCUGAUGGGCGUGUAUACGGGCAUGCUGAGUGGGCUGGACGUGGUGUCCUGGGGCCGCUUCGCAGACUAUGGCGUCUGGUGGGAGACAGGCAUCGGCUGCCGGGCCAUGGGCUGCCUGGCAAUCUUCUCCUCGGAAGCCUCCAUCCUUUUCCUUGCCCUGGCGGCCAUCGAGCGCAGCGUCUAUGUGAAGGACAUCCUAAAGAAGGGUAAGAGCUGCCGGCGCAGGCAGUUCCAGGUGGUGGCGGGGCUGGUCUGCAUCUUCGCCAUGGUGGCGGCUUGCUUGCCCCUCUUCCACGUGGGCGAGUUUUCCUCCUCCCCUCUCUGCCUUCCCUUCCCCACGGGCGAGACUCCCUCCCUGGGCUUCACGGUCACCCUGGUCCUCCUGAACUCAGUGGCCUAUCUCCUGAUGGCCGUCAUCUACACCAAACUCUACUGCGGCCUUGAAAAGACAGAUUUGUUGGAGAUGCUGCAGUCCAGCAUGAUCAAGCAUGUGGCCUGGCUCAUCUUCACCAAUUGCAUUUUCUUCUGCCCUGUGGCAUUCUUCUCCUUCGCCCCUCUGAUCACGGCCAUCGCCAUCAGCCCGGAGAUCAUGAAGUCGGUGACGCUCAUCUUCUUCCCCCUGGCGGCUUGCUUGAACCCCGUGCUCUACAUUUUCUUCAACCCCCAGUUCAAGGAGGACUGGAGUCGGCUCAAACGCUGCAGCAGGCGGAGGGAGUUUGUGGGCACGGGUGCCGGCGGGCAGACUGGAUGCUCGGCGGGGCAGGAUUUCUACUAUAACUAUGACAUCUAUGCUGAGCUGCAGGGCGGCAACCUGGCUGUGUGUGACUGCUGCGAGUCAUACCUGCUUGCCAAGCCCAUGCCCUGUAAACACUUGGUAAAGUCGCACAGCUGCCCGGCGCUGGCGGUGGUGCCCUGCCAGCGGGCGGACGGUUACUGGUCUGACUACGGCACACAGUCGGCCCAGUCUGAGUGCGCGGACGAGGGAGAUUCCUUUGUCUCGGACAGCUCGGAUCAAGUCCAGGCCUGUGGACGAGCCUGCUUCUACCAGAGCCGCGCCGUCCCUCUGGUCCACUAUUCCUACAAUAUUCCGAGAAUCAAAGACUAGAGCAAAGCCAGAAGCCAGUACUAUUCAGAUACUUAUUUUAAACCAUAAACACUAUGAAAAGCAUGUAGUGUCUCUAUAUGCCAACGUUCAGGAAGCACUUUUGUAAUCACUAUGUGACUUGCCUAUUAAGAAGGGAAUUUGGCAAUACAUUUUUUUUUUCUCUUGAGCCAUGAAUCUUUGUUUAACAAAACGAGGUUCCCGUGUUUUUUUUUUAUGUAUAAAUAAGGUUUAUCGUUAACCCAAUCGUUGUGACUUUUAAGCCUGUCUUUUGGAUUCACUUUCUUGGCAUAAUAAGUGUCUUCCUCUUCAGAAUGAUACGUUUUCCUUGGCAAAUGCUUUUUAUUUACAAUUUGAGGGACAUUCUUCCUGCUUUUGUUUUCAUUCCAAGACAAAACGAAAACUUCAACUGAGGAAAUGGGUACCUACCUCCUAACUCUAUGUAUGAUUUUAAAAACUAAAUAGACAUUAGAUAAUGUAUUUCUUCAUGGAAUUCUGUGCUGAUGGGUUCUGUCAAUCCUAGAGAUGUAGCAGCUAUGCACAUUUGAAAUCGUGACUUAACAAUACUGAGAAUGUAUUAAGUUACGUUUUGAUAUUAAAAUAGACUCAACUUGAUUUUGGGGGCUCUGAAAUCGACCAUUAUAUAAACAUUUUAUUGAGGUGAACAAGACAAUUUCCUUCAAGGAAAGCGCAAGGUGUUAAAGUGGGGUAUUAAUUUGUGCUGGGUUUAUUCUUCAACAAUGUACGUUUUGGGAUCAUUACUGGGGAAGUCACACACGCUUCUACAGUACAUCUCACUCCUGAAACAUCAUUCAGAAAAGUUUAAUAAAUUUAUAGCAAUAAUGUCAGCAUUUGAUAGAGGUGAGCCUAAGAGAAGUGUAGAAAACAAUGUGGAUUCCCCCUGGAGGAACUAGGUGUAUCGUGCAGCAGUCCCUAUGCAUAGGAUAGCAACAGGGUCUAUCAAGUGGCAUUGGUGAACCAACAGGUGCUUUGCAGCUCUACGCACUCAUGUGUUUGCUGCUUCUGGUUUUAUUUUCACAUUUGUCUCCAGUGUCAUGCUAUGUGCCAAAAGAGGCUGCAUUUAAUUUGAAACAAUUUGAAACAAUUUUGCCCUUUUAGGGCAGCUUGUCUUGUACCCACGGUAAGGGUUAAUAGAAAUCUAGGUAAGAACUGCUGUGUGUGUGUGUGUGUGUGUGUGUGUGUGUGUGUGUGUGUGUAGUUGUUAAUUCACUGUCACUGUCACAUUAUCACAUUGCCAAUAUCUUUGGUAGCUGGAAGAUAAGAAAAUAAACAGUGCUUAAUUGUUUAUUGUAUGGUCCAAUGGUUAAAGAAGCAGGCUUGUAACCAGGA